AUGACGUCGCCGGGCGGCACUAGUACGCAUCUUGGGAUGCAUUCAUCAAUGGCUGGUCAAAUAGGGCUUACUGCCUCGCCAGCGGAGUUUGGUUUAACUAUGGCUGUGCCAACACCGGCAAUAAGCUACGAUCCUCAAGCCGGUAAUAGCGGGGAUUCCUCCUCUGAAUCCCAUUCACCAGGUGUACCGGCCGUCAAGGCCAGCGAUCGAGAAGCUCGUAUCAUAGCUGAAAAGCAACGUCGUAGCCAAUAUAAUUCACAAAUUAGUCUAAUGAUGUCUUUGUUGUCUGAUAUAGUGCAUUCACAGCGUAAAGUUGAUAAGACGAGUGUAUUGAGACUCGCAGCUAAUAAACUCCGCAAUGAACACGUUUUUGGCGAUACUAUAAAAUGUGGCCACAUUGAGACUUGGUCACCAGCCUUCUUAAAGUUCUUCGACCUACUUGGUGGUAUUAUGUUUGGGGUAACAUGCCGAGGGCGUAUAUUUAUUGUAUCACCCAAUGUUCAAGAAAAGCUAGGCUACUCUCAUAUCGACCUAUUGGGCCAAGAUUUUUACAACUAUGUUCAUCAAGAGGAUGUGGAAAUCUUGCGGCACCAUAUUUACCCUACACAACUGCAAUCUCAUUGUGAAAAUAGAAUAUUUGAACAACACCACAACUUUCACAUUCGCAUCAUGAGAGCCGGAGCUCGCUCUGACCCUGCUAGAUAUGAACGAUGUCGCAUAGAUGGCUCAUUGAGGAGAUCUGAUAGAGCCACUUCAAAUGGAGUACAAGAUGAACAAAUUAUUAGAAGACAACGAGUUAGGACUAAUAGAACAUUUUCAUCUAGUGGAAAUGAUUAUGUCUUUAUUGGGAUGAUUCAUGUUGUAUCUACAGCUUUGCCAGCUCGAAUCCUACCACCGACUGCUUACUCUGAAUAUUGGACAAGGCAUCUUAUAGAUGGCCGCAUAGUCCAGUGCGAUCAAAAUAUAUCUUUGGCUGCAGGUUAUAUGACAGAAGAAGUGACUGGUACUUCAGCUUUUGUGUUCAUGCACAAAGAAGAUGUUCGUUGGGUUAUAUGUGUUUUGAGGCAAAUGUAUGAUGAAAGCAGAGAAUUUGGUGAAUCUUACUAUAGAUUGAUGUCACGAUCAGGACAUUUUACAUAUAUGAGAACCCGAGGAUUCCUGGAAAUUGAUAAGACAACGAAAAAAGUUCAAAGUUUUGUAUGUGUUAAUAGUGUGAUUGGUGAGGAUUAUGGCCAACGAAUGAUGGAAGAAAUGAAACGAAAGUAUUCAGUUAUUGUAGAUGCUGUGAAGCAGCAGAAUGAGCCAGCUGCCACUGAUGAUGCUCCAGUGGAACAUCCAAAGAGUUUAGAGCGCAUUGUGAUGCACCUUGUUGAACCAUCAGUAAAUGAGAGUAAAGAUGAGUUGAAACUGGUACCACCAUCUAAGGAAAAUAUUAUAUCUGCCAUUCAAAACAGUGAAAAAGUAGUACAGGAAACUGGUGUGCGGUUUGCCUCUAGAAAAAAGAGAAAAGUGGAGUGUCAUGGUAAUGAUGAAUAUCCUAAAAGACAUAGUGGAUUACAAAAUGUCAAUGUUGAUCUGUAA